CAAAAGCCCCCCUAUUGGGUUUUAUGCGCUCCCAUCAGUUGCCCUUCACUUCGACAAAGCUUGUCUUUCUCUCAUCCAUUUUAGGGUUCUGAGGUGCAGAGACAAAAACCCAUCCAAUCAAAAAGAAGAAAGAUAAAAAUAAUCGAAAAAUGGAAGGAGUUUCCUACCAGCGAUUCCCCAAGGUCAAAAUUCGCGAACUGAAGGACGACUACGCGAAAUUCGAGCUUCGCGACACUGACGCCUCCAUGGCCAACGCCCUCCGCCGCGUCAUGAUUGCCGAGGUCCCCACCAUAGCAAUCGACCUCGUCGAAAUCGAGGUCAACUCCUCCGUCCUUAAUGACGAGUUCAUCGCCCAUCGCCUUGGGCUCAUCCCUCUCACCAGCGAACGCGCCAUGUCUAUGCGUUUCUCGCGUGACUGUGACGCUUGCGACGGUGACGGCCAGUGCGAGUUCUGCUCCGUCGAGUUCCAUCUUCGUGCCAAAUGCAUGAACGAUCAAACCCUCGAUGUUACCAGCAAGGAUCUGUAUAGUUCCGAUCAUACGGUUGUUCCCGUCGAUUUCACCGACUCCGCUGGCUACGAUUCCUCUGAGCAAAGGGGGAUUAUCAUUGUGAAGUUGCGGCGGGGGCAAGAAUUGAGGCUGAGGGCUAUUGCGAGGAAAGGGAUAGGGAAAGAUCAUGCGAAAUGGUCACCUGCUGCGACUGUGACUUUCAUGUAUGAAGCUGAGAUUCAUAUCAAUGAAGAUUUGAUGGAAACCUUGACACUUGAGGAGAAGCAAAGCUUUGUCGAGAGUAGUCCUACUAGAGUCUUUGACAUUGAUCCUAAUACUCAACAGGUUGUGGUGGUUGAUCCAGAGGCAUAUACCUAUGAUGAUGAAGUGAUCAAGAAAGCUGAAGCUAUGGGCAAGCCAGGGCUUGUGGAGAUAUAUGCCAAAGAAGACAGUUUCAUCUUUACUGUUGAAUCCACUGGUGCAAUUAAAGCUUCUCAGUUGGUACUUAAUGCUAUAGAAAUCCUCAAACAGAAGCUGGAUGCAGUUCGCCUGUCUGAGGAUACUGUGGAAGCUGAUGAUCAGUUUGGUGAACUAGGUGCCCAUAUGCGAGGAGGAUGAUCCGCUUGUAACAAAGAAUUGACUAUUUGUUUUUCUUCGUGAAACUUGUCAUCACAUGUGCCAUCUAUUUUUUAAACUUAAAAGCCUGUGAAGUAUGGACUGACAAAUUAUUUAGCGUGUGCUUUUACUUUGUUCAAACUAUCAGCCUAUUUAUGUUUCUGCAUUUUAGGGUUCACCUCUUUCCGUUCAGCAGUUAUUCUGUAAGCUAAAUAGCUACAGAAUGGCCAUUUUCCUUGGCAGAAAAAAUGAAGGAGGUCUUGGCUCUUUCGAGUUGUGAAGAUUUUCCGGUUGUAAUGAUGGGCCAGCUUCUUUUGAUAUUUAUUUGGUUUAAUUUUCCUUUCAAGGACCCCUGGACCCAGGUGCUUUGCAGGAGCUGGGCUACGGAAAUAUACACCCCGCAAACCAACGGGGUCAAGCCCCAGUAUCAGACAAGGAUGGGCCUUAAUGGUGUACAAACCAUUUGGCAUUCGAUUUUCAGAUGGGAGCCCAAAAUUCGGGAAUACAGUGUUUUCUUUUAUCAUUUGGGAAUACAUAAUCGUGAUAUGUGCUGAACAGUUCGUAUAUUAAUCUUAGUAAUAUAUUCUUCCUGUCCAGAGCACUUUAAGCGGGUCCAGACAGGAGACCAAUGGAUUUUUAUAU